UGUCAUCCGUGGGUUAUAAAGGCAGCCAGUGGAGCCUGGUGCUGCUGCUCCAGUGUGACCAAGGUUAGCUGACACAAUGGGAAAGAUUAUCUUCUACGAAGACAGGAACUUCCAGGGUCGCUCCUAUGAGUGCACCAGCGAAUGCUCGGACCUGCAUUCCCACUUCAGCCGCUGCAACUCCAUCAGAGUGGACAGCGGGGACUGGAUGGUCUAUGAGAGGCCCAGCUACAUGGGCUACCAGUAUUUCCUGAGGAAGGGCGACUACGCAGACUACCAGCGGUGGAUGGGAUUUAACGACUGUGUGCGAUCCUGCCGUAUGAUCCCCACGCACCAAGGCUCUCACAGAAUGAGGAUCUACGAGCGCUCGGAGUACGGUGGCCAGAUGAUGGAGCUGACCGAUGACUGCCCCUCCCUUUACGAGCGCUUCCAUUACAACGACAUCCAUUCCUGCAACGUGAUGGACGGCUACUGGAUCUUCUACGAACAUCCCAACUACAGAGGACGCCAGUACCUGGUGCGUCCCGGCGAGUACAGGAGGUUCAACGAGUGGGGGAGCAUGAGUUCCCGGGUGGGAUCCAUCAGACGAGUCACCAUGUGAGGAAACUGAUGUUUGCACAGUUUAUGUCAAUAAAAUAAGGUGAUAUAAAUCUA